AUGGUGAUUCAGCUCGGCCUGCGGUGGUCCUUGCUUCGUAGACCGUCUCCACAGCCGGCAAAGCUUCAGCAGAGCGGCUUAAGCCAGGCGCGGAAAUCGUUUGUUCGGCGCAAGUCCGGCCCCUAUGGCUACACGCAGGCCAAGGCUCUCGUCUAUUCCGCUCAUGGAGAACCGGCAGACGUCCUGAAACUGCAUUCGCACUCCAUCUCUCCCUCCGUCCCCAGCUCAUCCGUCCUCGUCCGAACCCUCGCCGCAGCAAUAAAUCCAGCCGACAUCAACACGAUACAGGGAACGUAUGGAUCCAAACAAACCAUGUCCUCGCUUAUCGGCACUUCGGAGCCAUCCGCCGUGCCAGGUAACGAGGGUGUUUUCGAGGUCGUGUCCGUAGGAGACUCGUCCUCGUCCCUGAAAAAGGGCGAUUGGGUGAUCCCGGCCGCCCAGCAGAUGGGCACGUGGCGGACGCAUGCCGUGUUCGAGGCGAGCCAUGUUCUCAAGAUUGACAAGGAGAAUCUCACGCCCACGCAAGUCGCGACCGUCAGCAUAAAUCCCUGCACAGCCUACCGUAUUCUGCGCGAGUACGGUCCGAGUGCAGGUCUAACAAAAGGUCUCCCCAUGAGACCGCUCGAGAUUGGCCGAGGUGAAUGGUUCAUCCAGAAUGGAGCCAAUUCCGGCGUGGGACGCGCUGCCAUCCAGUUUGGCAAGCUCUGGGGCUUGCGAAGCAUCAAUGUCAUACGCGACAGGGAUUCAGCCGAGGAAACCGAGGCCCUGAGGCGAGAACUCCUCGAGCUGGGCGCUGACGUUGUCGUUUGCGAAUCCCAGUUUCUCUCCAGGCAAUGGAAGGAUCAGCUUGCCGAAGUCACUCGCGGCGGACGGGAGCAGAUUGGUCUCGCGCUCAACUGCGUAGGCGGCAAGUCUGCUACGGCACUGGCAAGAUCCCUGGGCGAGGGAGCCACGUUGGUUUCGUAUGGGGGCAUGUCCAGGCAGCCCGUCUCGUUGCCCGUCGGGCUGCUGAUUUUCAAGGACCUUCGAUUUGUGGGCUUCUGGCUAUCCAGAUGGAACCGGAAAGAUGCCAUUGGCAGAGAGCACAUGGUCAACGAUAUUCUCAAUCUGAUGCGGCUGGGGCAUUUCAAGAAUGCGCCCGUGGACGAGAUCAACUGGGAUGGGGAGACGGAGGAGACUGCCAUCAAGGCUGCGGUUCAGGGAGCAUUGAGAGGUUUUCGAAAAGGCAAAGGCGUUUUCUUGUUUGGCGAGACGUAA